AUGCGCUUCUACCCUCUCCUUCUUUUCUCUUCUUUCCUGCUGACGGUGCUCGCUGCACCUCACGCUCAACUGAACGAUAUCAGUACCAAUCUCGAACGCAGAGGUCAGGCGGCAGUCGGAACGCCCACCCAAGACUCGGCGAGUUCACUGCAGCCUUCCGCUUCGGCAAAGGCAAAAGUUGAAACUUAUCUUAAACUCAAGUUGGACCAAAAAAACAUCGGCGAACAAGUUCUAGACAACCAUGACUAUCAAUUCUUCGAUUAUUCCCUCUCGGAAUAUGAUGGAAAGAAGGAUCUGAUUCUCAGGCAAUUCGGAAAGGGGCAGCAGGCGGAAUUUGAGCAGGAAAUUAAGAAAAUCCAAUUCGCGGACAAAGGCAAGGCUGUGAGCCAAUUUGUCGCCGCUGGCGUAUAUUACGACACGCGCAACUCCAAGCUUUCAUCCCUGACCAAGGGGAAACUGUCGGGACAUAAAGACCUCACCUAUGUCAUUAUCCUCAAUAAGUCUGCAGCUUUCGCGGGAUCAUACUUGGAAUCUUAG